AUGCAUCUCUUCCAACCUCUCUUCUUUACAACUCUCGUCCUCGCAGCUGCAAUCAUCCCCCGCCAUUCAUCCCGGGAUGCAGCAGCAUACUUUCUCGACAACAAUCCCAAUGGUUCAAGCAUCAUUGCCUUAAAAAUAAGUCAUGAAGAUGGAACCAUUUCAUCACCUAUACGUACUUCUACCAGAGGAAAAGGGAUGUUUGGCUUGAGUAACCUAGCAGCGAAUUCAACCCCUACAGUAGAAACUCAAGAUACCCUGUUUAGUCAGAAUUCUAUUAUUGUAUCAGGAGAUAAACUCUUCACCGUCAACACUGGAAGUAACACUGUGGCUAUGUUCUCAAUUGACCCGAAUAAUCCAUUGCACCCGCGUAUGAUCGGUAAUCCUGUCAAUACUAUGGGAGAAUUUCCAGCCGCUGUUGCAUACUCGUCAAAACUCAAGAUUGCUUGUGUACUCAAUGGUGGUGCCGUAGCAGGGGUAGCUUGUUUCUCGGCCCAUCAUACCAAAGGUUUAUCACCCAUUGGAUGUCUCCGAAACAUCCCCCUAAAUCAAACAACACCACCCCUGGGUCCCUUCGACACCGUCUCGGAUAUUCUCUUCAACCCCUCUCAAACCACCCUUCUAGCCUCUGUAAAAAGGAAUGGCAUUGUUCCAGGCAACUUCUACGCCUACCCCGUGUCCCACCACGACAACAGUAUUUCCACCACCCCCAUACUAUCUCAACCUCCCCAAGUGCUCGUAAACUUUGGCAUUAGUUUCCUCGGUUCUGACCAUCGACUUGCGGUCGCGGACGCUGCAUUUGGUGCCUCUCUCCUUUCUAUUUCGCAAUCUUCGGUUGUAACAGAGGAUGUACCAAUCACUAUAGCUGGACAAGUAGCAGUUUGCUGGACGGAAUAUAACCCCAAAACAGAAGAGGUUUACCUGAUGGACGUAGGGGUUUCGAAUAUUACAGUAGUAGACGCGAAGUCGGGGGCAAUCAAGAAGGUAAUCCAGCAGGACAACACGGGACUGGGUAGUUUGGAUGCUAAGCUUGGAGGAGACUUCUUGUACAUAUUGAAGAAUGCGCCGGAAAUCAGUGUUAUUGAGACUAGAAGUGGGAAGACCAUUCAACGUUUUAAUUUGACGAGUUUGGGAAGUAGACAAGGGUUUGUGGGGAUGGCUACCUGGGGGUUUGACCGAAUGGUCUGCUAG